AUGUCCCUAGGUUGUUAGGUCGCUUUUCGGCGUUGUUUUCGAGUGCGAAAUGCACCGGUCGCACCCGAAACCAACAACAAAAACAACCGUGAGAACCUAAAUUAUCGAGCUAUCAAGCGUCCUUCUACGACUAUGGCUUUGGCCGCCAUAUCUCGCACCGCACGAGGCAAGUUCUACGAGCUACUCGUGAGAUCGUUGGUGGGUCCAUCGGCGGCACGCAAGAUGUUUAGCACGAGUUCUUCAAACAGAAACCUCGUCGCCGUGUGUCAAGUGACGUCCACUUCGGAUAAGGCGGCCAACUUUGAAACGUGCUCUACGCUUAUCCAAAAAGCUCAGGAGAGAGGAGCCAAGGUAGUCUUUUUACCAGAAGCAGUUGACUUCAUAGCGGAAAAAAAGGCUCAAGCUUAUGAAUUGGCCGAGCCGCUGGAUGGUCCCAUUGUUACCAAGUACAAGGAACUCGCAAGGAAGCUAGGUGUGUGGCUCUCACUUGGCAGUGUCCAUGUUAAGGACCCAAAUGAACCGAGCAGCCGCAUUUACAACACACAUGUGGUCAUCAACAGUACAGGGGACGCAGUGGGAACGUACAGCAAGGUUCAUCUCUUUGAUGUUGACGUCGGAACGGUCAGGAGCCGGGAGUCAGACUACACCAUUGCAGGGUCGACAAUUCCCGUACCUGUCACAACACCUGCUGGAAAAGUUGGCCUUGGAAUUUGCUAUGACCUCAGGUUUCCCGAAUUCUCCCUCAGCUUGGCCAAAAUGGGUGCCGAGAUAUUGACGUACCCUUCAGCGUUUACUGUGCCCACCGGAAUGGCUCACUGGGAGGCAAUGAUGCGUACGCGUGCAAUUGAGAACCAGUGCUACGUUGUGUCCGCUGCACAAGUUGGGCAGCACAAUUCCAAACGGUCUUCUUACGGACAUGCGCUGGUGGUGGACCCAUGGGGCUGUGUUGUGGCUCAGUGCUCAGACACGGUCGGCCUGGCGUUGGCCGAGAUCAACCACGAUCUGAUUAAGAAGGUGCGACGUGCUAUUCCCGUUUGGGAUCACCGGAGGACUGACCUCUAUGGAAACCUCUCGCCGUGUUGGAGCGCCAAAAACAGUGGAGUACCAGACAAGGACCAGUACCAGUUUGGCCAGGUGACAUUGGAGGCGUCGCAGGUCUUUUACAAGUCUUCCCUGUCGAUGGCCUUCGUCAACAUAAUGCCUGUGCUUCCAGGACACGUCUUGGUAGCACCGUUCAGACCAGCACUUCGGCUGAGCGACCUGUCAAGUGAAGAAGUUCAAGAUCUCUUCCUGGUUGUCCAAAAGGUGCAGAGGGCUGUGGAGAAGCACUUUGGCGCCAGUUCUUCCACAGUGUCCAUACAGGAUGGCCCUGACGCCGGCAGAUCCAUAAACCACAUUCACGUGCACGUGCUUCCGAGGAAACCGGGCGACUUCACUCACAAUGACAAUAUCUAUGUCAAGCUUCAAGAACACGACAAGGAUGAUAAGAAGCCAAAAAGAUCUGUUGAGGAGAUGGCAGAAGAAGCACGGCAGCUGAGGGCAUUAUUUAAAUGACGAAUAUUAACAACUUCUAUGAGUUAUGCUUUAUUUGCGUAGUGUUCAUACGUUAACGUACAGAUAUCUACUAUAAUCUUUGUAAAUAAAAAUGAUGUAAAGGCUUUGUGAAAUAAUUUUCACUCUACAGGACUCUAUUUUGACACGAGUACAGCUGUGUAGCAUUUGAUAGAAGCCUUCGCAGAUCAAAGGAAAUAAUUUUCGGGACGUUUUUUUAGUUGCACCAAAUUUAUAAAGAUUGCCUGUGGCGGAUA